GCCCAGCCAUAGAAUGGAUGGAAUGAUUGAAGAUAGUGGGAAAAGAGGAAAUACUAUGGCAGAAAGAAGACAGCUGUUUGCAGAGAUGAGGGCUCAAGAUCUGGAUCGUAUCCGACUCUCCACCUACAGAACAGCAUGCAAGCUUCGGUUCGUUCAGAAGAAAUGCAACCUGCACCUGGUGGACAUUUGGAACGUCAUAGAGGCAUUGCGGGAAAAUGCUCUGAACAACCUGGACCCAAACAUAGAACUCAGUGUGGCCCGCUUGGAGGCUGUGCUGUCCACCAUUUUUUACCAGCUCAACAAACGGAUGCCAACCACUCACCAAAUCCACGUGGAGCAGUCCAUCAGCCUGCUUCUCAACUUCCUGCUGGCAGCAUUUGAUCCGGAAGGCCAUGGCAAAAUUUCAGUAUUUGCUGUCAAAAUGGCUUUAGCCACACUGUGUGGCGGGAAGAUCAUGGACAAAUUAAGAUAUAUUUUCUCGAUGAUUUCUGACUCCAGUGGGGUGAUGGUUUAUGGACGAUAUGAUCAGUUUCUGCGGGAAGUUCUCAAGCUACCCACAGCAGUUUUUGAAGGUCCCUCAUUUGGUUACACAGAACAGUCAGCUAGAUCCUGUUUCUCUCAACAGAAAAAAGUCACGUUAAAUGGUUUCUUGGACACACUCAUGUCAGACCCUCCCCCUCAGUGUCUGGUCUGGCUGCCCCUUCUGCACCGGCUGGCAAAUGUAGAAAAUGUCUUCCAUCCGGUUGAGUGUUCCUACUGCCACAGUGAGAGCAUGAUGGGGUUUCGCUACCGAUGCCAACAGUGUCACAAUUACCAGCUCUGUCAGGACUGCUUCUGGAGAGGUCAUGCCAGCGGUUCCCAUAGCAACCAGCACCAAAUGAAAGAGUACACAUCAUGGAAAUCGCCCGCUAAGAAGCUAACUAAUGCGUUAAGCAAGUCCCUGAGCUGCGCUUCCAGCCGUGAGCCUUUGCACCCCAUGUUCCCGGACCAGCCUGAGAAGCCACUCAACUUGGCCCACAUCGUGCCACCCAGACCUGUAACCAGCAUGAAUGACACCCUGUUCUCCCACUCUGUCCCCUCCUCAGGAAGUCCUUUUAUUACCAGGAGUAUGCUGGAGAGCUCAAACCGGCUUGAUGAAGAACACAGGUUGAUUGCCAGGUACGCGGCAAGACUGGCAGCAGAGUCCACGUCGUCUCAGCCAGCUCAGCAGAGAAGUGCUCCUGACAUUUCCUUCACCAUCGAUGCAAAUAAGCAGCAAAGGCAGCUCAUCGCAGAACUAGAGAACAAGAACAGAGAAAUCUUACAGGAGAUCCAGAGGCUGCGGCUAGAGCAUGAGCAAGCUUCUCAGCCUACCCCAGAGAAGGCGCAACAAAACCCCACUCUGCUGGCAGAGCUGCGGCUCCUCAGACAGCGCAAGGAUGAGCUGGAACAGAGAAUGUCUGCUCUCCAGGAGAGCCGGAGAGAGCUAAUGGUCCAGUUAGAAGGUCUCAUGAAGCUACUAAAGACCCAGGGGGCAGGCUCGCCUCGCUCCUCCCCCAGCCACACCGUCAGCAGGCCCAUCCCCAUGCCCGUGCGGUCGGCCUCCGCCUGCUCCACCCCGGCGCACACGCCUCAGGACUCGCUCACGGGGGUAGGGGGUGAUGUACAGGAGGCGUUUGCACAAAGUUCAAGAAGAAAUUUAAGGAAUGACUUAUUAGUGGCAGCGGAUUCCAUCACUAACACCAUGUCCUCUCUUGUGAAAGAGCUGAAUUCCGAGGUAGGGAGCGAAACAGAGAGCAAUGUGGAUUCUGAAUUCGGACGAACUCAAUUUGAGGAUCUGGUUCCAUCACCAACCUCGGAAAAGGCUUUUCUCGCACAAAUCCAUGCCCGGAAACCCGGGUACAUUCACGGCAGAGCUACCCCAAGCACCAUGCACAGUGACGUGGUCACGGAAGAUGGGGAUCCCUACGUGCGGCCCGAGGACGAGAACUAUGAGAACGACUCAGUCCGGCAGCUGGAGAACGAGCUCAAGAUGGAGGAGUACCUGAAGCAGAAGCUGCAGGACGAAGCCUAUCAGGCAAACUAUAGUCAGACAGAUGAUGAAAAUAACAUGAGAGCUGAUGAUGAAGGGGAGCGCUGCACCCACCCACACAGAGGAGAAGACAGCAGCCUGGCCGCCACCUCACCGAAGAGAGGAGCCGCCACACGCACCUGCUCCUGACAGACCCCCUCCCCCAGAGACGUUUUCCACUGACUGUAGUGCAGCUAACAUUUUGUUCUAAGAUUUGUAGAUCAUAGUUGUGUGUGUUUUAAAAAAGGAAAGAAAAAAAGAGACUUCGGUUCACAGCUCACUUAUCAACCACAUCUUCUGUAACAUGGCUCAUCCCUGGUUUAAAACGAACAAAAGACCCACAGGCUGGAAACCCACGCUGCUGUUGCUCACGACGGCAGCGUUAAUAAGCAUUUUAAACCUUUGCACAUGAUAUUGAACCUGUUCAGUUUACAGUGACAAUACUAAUACUGUUUAUAGCUAGAAGUUUGAUUUCUGAAUUCUUUGAGAUUUUAGCAAAACAGUUUAUUAUACAAUGUACAUUUUUUUUCCACAGCAAUUGGGAAAAAACAACCACUUGCAAUUAUUCUUGACCCUGAUGGAUUUGGUUCCUGGGUGUACAGACUCGGAGCCCAGAAGCCAAGAAGGGUCCUUGGCCUGCACUCUCUGCCCUUGUCACCAAGUCUCUGUGAGCAGUGACUUGAAGCAAACCUACCAGGAAAAUGCAGUCUUUGGGGCUUCUUUCCAACUUGAGGUUGUUUUCUUUCAAGAUAUUCUAGCAAAUCAGCCAUAGAAUUUAGUGUAAAUAUUUUUUCCAAAUAGAUGUCAUAUUCAAAAACAGACAACAUUCGAAUUCUAUAGAAUCUAGUUUUUAAAAUCAGCACAGAUCUUCUUAAAAACUGUGAACUAUGUUUUGAAAUAAUCGUUACUAAAGCUGUUUAUAAACCACAGGUGCCAUAAGAUCCCCACACGGACUAAAGUGAUCUCUGCUCUUCCACAGUCCUGUUCCUCUCGUUUUAGCUUUAGGGAGCAUGUCUCUAACAGCACCGCUCAUCCACAAGUUCCCCUAUCAGGUUGUUUGGAGGCCUUCAGCUUUAAUUGUACAGGCUUAAAAAGUGCGCUUGCAAAAAUGUUCACUCUCCUUUUAUUUCUGAAUGUGUAUUGCCUUAGCUGGCUACCUGGUAUUCUGCAUGCAGCCUUCUGUGGUCACGUGAAAGGGAACAGCCUCUGCUAAGUUGAGUUGGGAUUUUGCACUCAGGGAAAAAAGCUGGUGUGCAAAAGAAAUGUCAAAGAAGGGAGAACGGAAGACUGUUGAUGGUCCUUUAUGAGGACCCUUUUGGGGGAGUACUAAAGACCUCCCUUGGGGAUUCUUGGGAACUGAAAAAAUAACCUUUAUCAAGAAAUGAUUAAAUAAAAAUCCUGCAGCAUAUUAGAUGCAUUAUACUCAAAUUGGCAGCUUCUCUGAAAUUCCUGCUGCUCCUUUAAAAGAAAGAAGACAACAUCAUUUUAAGACAAUGUUUCUCAAAGUGUGUUCCCUGGACCAGAAAGCAUCAGCAUCCCCUGGGAAUUUAUUUAGAAAUGCAAAUUCUUGGGCCCCAGCCCAGGCCUACUGAGUCAGUAAUUCUGGGUGGGUGCUGGGAGGGGGGAGUUGGGGGGGUGGCAGCAAUCUGUGUUUUAAUAAACCUCCAGGUGAUUCUGGUGCCUGCUAAAGGUUGAGAACCACUGCUUUAGAAUGAAGUUGUAUAAUAAAAUCUCUGAAAAGGCCUUAUUCAAAGUAAGUAAGACAGGCUCUGUGUCAAGCUUAAAACUUCAGCAACUUGAUUUUGCUUCCAUGGCUGGCCGCAACCUUCGCCCACCCCACAUAGUUGGUAGUUAAUGAGUACCCAGCUGACAGCAGGUGUCCUGACAUCUUCCAGCUCCCUCUCCAGCGGGCUCUACGAUGUUCCCAUCUCUGCAUUUGGUCAGAAACGGAAUCACAUGCCUUAGGGAUAGUUAAGCUCUUGGUCGGCAUUAGUAAGGAGCCCAUUCUACCCAUUGACACACUCAAUCAUACUUCCUUCCAGAGAACCAGUCUGACAAAUGUCCUUGAGAACAGGCUGACACCAAAGUGGCACAACUGCACAGUUCUCAGAUUUUUUGCACAGAUAGAUUUUUAUUGCGGGUUUUGUUGGUAUAUCUUAAUGUUCAUCUCCUUUCCACUGCCCAUCUUCUGUGAAACCGUACCUCUCUAGAUGGAGCAGGUGGUCCCGGGUGCCUCGUACUCAGUACUUACAACCACUACAUCCCAGCUACUUACAUUGCUGUCAGCUCUAACUCAUAGCCAGGUAGUUCUUGAACUCAGAACUCUGACCCUGUGAGUGGCAUGCAGCCACUGACUGGAAUGAGCUGAAUGACACUGUUGUCACUGUGUUUCUAUAUCAGAAUGUUUGUCUAAGGUUUGAACUGUUUUGCUGAUGAUCUUCCCCCUUGUUGUAGCUUUCAUUGCCAACUCCAUCACACGGUUGUUGAUACCAUCCUGCAAAGCCAUUGCAAGGUCUCUAGAAACUGCUGCCAAUGACCAGUUCCUGACUAACCAGCCACCUUUUCUUUCUCUUAGCUCCACGUCAGCACUGAGACCAGACUCAAGCACCCCUCUCCUGUAAUCGAGACAAAAUGGCGUGUGUUGUUUUGGGCUUUUGUGGUUUUU